GCAAGACAGCAAGGCCUAACGACAGACGAUAUCGAUGACUGCAUCAUGUUGGCGCUCCAAGCAAAAAGGCCUACGAUUACAAAGAAGGUUUCUCAGUUUUGGAAAAGCUGGCAAAAGUGCUGAUUAUCACAGCAGCCAUCUUGGUUUUUCUUGUUUUCAUCAUUGUCAACCACAAACCAAGCAAGCACUUUGUGGAGCUCCUUACUUACAACACAUCUUAUCCCUUAAUGAGAGCCGUUCGAUUAUUGAGUCUUCCUCUUGCCAGGAGUGUUGAUCUAACUGGUAUCUAUUACUCUGAGUGCACGAUACCAAACCCCCUGUAUACCGGAUUUAAUUCUGUUCCUGACUGCUAUCCGUGCAAGUUUGUGACUAGUAUUGAGAUUACCCAGGGGACUUCAAGCUUCUUUGGUUUUGGACGUCCUUUCAUACUCAAGGAUCCAAAAAUCAAUCAGUUCACAUAUGGCGAAACGCAGAAAUGGUACCGUACAAACCAGAAGAUAUUCAGCCUAGCCAGAGCAGAUCACGUUGAAUUUACCAAUCCAUUUGUUCAUUCAAUGUCGGAUGUAUUUGCAGAGGAGAGAAGAGAGGAGGAUAUUGAACAGUCUUCAUUUUCUUUAGAAUGGAGAGCAGCCAGUGCUGGUAGUGUUCGUCUGAUCAGGAACCUGUGUGGGAAGCCCAGCUUUAUCCCUUCGGAAUCGGAAGUCUUCCCAGAAAUGUUUCUGAUCAUCGAGUCUUCCUCCUCCUAUGCCCAUCUUCUGCCUAAACCAGCAUUCCUGGGCUACGUCUGGGUAUCACAAGCUCAUGGAUCCAGGGAGGUAGUCUUGUCUCCAGUCCCCACAUGCAAGAACAACUGCACCGAUAUCUCGGUGGUGCUAGAACCUGGACAUGUUUUGUUCCUUGAUAUGAGGUACUGGGAUCUUCAGUCCUUUCCGCUCGGAGACAGCGUCAGCAUAUCCUGUAUGGGAUCGUUUGCUUGAAUGAAUACUGUAUCUUAAACAUUUGCUCAAAGGCCAGGACCUAAGGAGUGUUUCACAAAGACUAAGAUCGACUUUAAGUUGGACUUAACUAUGGCAGGCCGUUCAUGCCACUAGUUCCUCUAACCAUUUGUGGCAUUGGUUUCUCAAGGGACAUACAAAUCGUGGUCACGAAUGUACAGAAUUUACCUUCUUGAUAGUUCAUUGAUUGAAGGAAAAAUUAGUAUCCAAAGAUCAUAUUUGAGAGGCCAAUGGUGAGAGCAACUAGUGGCAUGAACAGCCUGCCAUAGUUGAGUCCAACUUAAAGUCGAUCUUAGUCUUUGUGAGACACCCCCCUGGUCUUUAAUAGUCUUGUGAUCGAAUGUAAGGCUCAGAUCUCAGAUCUCUGCUCUUCAGCCAGCUAGGUACCGAUACCAGACCCAAAGACCAAGGCCCUUAGCUUUUAUGCAGUCUUGUGCUCAAAGACCUGAAAUCUCAACUUCUGCAUGUUGCAAGACCAGGGAGGGUGUUUCACAAAGAUCCAAAUUAAAACUUAACUCUAAGUUGGACUUAAAAAUUAUGGAGAGCCAUUU